AUGAAUACGAUCGUGCCAGACGUAUUGAAGCAGGGUGCGCAGGAGGACAAGGGGGAAAUCGCGAGGCUGCAGUACUUCGUGGGGGCCAUCGCGGUGGGAGAUUUGGUGAAAAGCACUUUGGGGCCAAGGGGGCUGGACAAGAUAUUGACCCCCUUGAAUAUAGAAGGUGCGCGAAGUCACCAACAUACAGUAACAAACGACGGAGCAACGAUUCUGAAAUCAGUAUGGUUAGAUAAUCCAGUGUCGAAAAUAUUAGUAGACGUUAGCAUGCAGCAGGACAACAAAUGUGGAGAUGGAACUACGGGCGUUGUGGUCCUCGCAGCAGAGAUGCUCAGAAACGCAGAAAUAUUAAUUGAAAAUAAAAUACACCCUCAGAUUAUUUGUGAUGGAUUUCGCAUGGCACUUCAGGCAGCAAGAGACGCAUUGGAAAAGUCCUGUUUCAGUCAUGAUAUGAACUCGGAACAGUUUAAGGAGGAUAUGCUAAAAAUUGCCAGGACGACACUCUCCUCCAAAUUGUUGACCCAUGAGAAGGAACAUUUCUCCCAAUUAGCUGUAAAUGCAAUCCUACGAAUAAAGGAAAACUUAAACUUAGACCUAAUUCAAAUAAUAAAAAAAACUGGAGGGACUAUUAAGGAUUCCUACUUGGAAGAGGGGUUUAUAUUAGAGAAGAGAAUUGGCAUAAAUCAACCGAAGAGUCUCACCAAAUGUAAUGUCAUGAUAGCCAACACACCCAUGGAUACGGACAAGGUAAAAAUUUACGGGACCAAAGUAAACGUUAAUAGCUUUGAGGACAUACAGGAUUUGGAAAAUGAGGAAAAAUUGAAGAUGAAAAAAAAGGUGGAAAAUAUUAUUGCACAUGGAUGUAAUGUUUUUAUUAACAGACAGCUAAUUUACAAUUAUCCCGAGCAGAUUUUUCGUGAAAAUAAUGUCAUGACAAUUGAACACAGUGACUUCGAUGGAAUGGAAAGAUUGGCUAGCUGUUUAGGAGCAGAAAUUGCAUCCACUUUUGAGAAGGAUCUAAAUAUCAAGUUAGGAUAUUGUGAUAAAAUUGAAGAAGUAAUCAUAGGGGAGGAUAAAUUAAUUCGUUUCUCAGGGUGCAAGAAGAAUGGAGCGUGUACAAUAAUUCUUAGGGGAGCCUCUUCACACAUUUUGGAGGAAAGUGAAAGGUCUCUGCAUGACGCGUUGGCCGUUUUAGCAGAAACGAUGAAGGACAAUCGGGUCGUCUUAGGAGCCGGGUGCACAGAAAUGCUCAUGAGUAACGCUGUGGAUAAUUUAGCCAGAACUGUAGAAGGAAAGAGAAGCUUGGCUAUCGAAGCCUUUGCAAAGGCGCUAAGACAAAUCCCCACCUACAUAUUAGAUAAUGGAGGUUUUGACAGCUCAGAGAUUGUUAGCAAAAUAAGAGCGCAACAUACCAAGGGGAAUGUCUACGCGGGUAUAGACAUAAACACUGGAGAUGUGGGCAAUGUGAUGGAGCUGGGCAUUUAUGAGUCGUACAAUUCGAAGUUAUCUCAGUUGACCUCCGCCACGGAGGCCGUCGAGAUGAUUCUGCGGGUGGAUGACAUUAUUAAAUGUGCACCUCGCAAAAGAGGCGGCGUGUAA